AUGAUUGCAUGGGUGUCCUUUUUGAUCCCUGAAUGUGGCAUACAACCUGAAGUGCUGAAAAGUACCAUUGCAGAUGUUGGAGAGUACUACCUGGUGAGAAAUUUAUUGGUUCAUGAAUUGGUCACCCACGAAUUCAUCGAUGCUUUUGUAAAGAAAGGUUCAUGCUAUGCACUUACCUAUAACACAAGAAUUGAUCAAGAUAAUACUGCAGCGCUGCUACCAAAUGGAAAACUAAUUCUAUCAGUGGAUAAGGAUACUUAUGAGGAACUUGGACUGCAAGGUCGCCCUUCUCGGUAUUCUGGCAAAAAAGUAAUGAGAUAUAUUAUAACUAUUGACUUGACUGAUUCUGGCUUUCACCCCGAUAGCAAGAAACAUAACAGAGUGCUUUGGGCCUUGAAAGAAAAGAAACCGUUAGAAUUUGACUUCCUACUGGCUUGGUAUAAUACAGGUGCAGAGGGAUCAACAUUGAUGUCAUACUUUUCAAAGAACCAAAUACGGGCUCUGAAGCCAAAAAUAACAUUCAGCACAUUAAGGGACUUGCAGUGUCCAGUGUUACAAAGUAACGAACUACAAGGAAAGCCAGAGGAGUCCUGCAGUACAGAGGAACUGUUUGAAUGGCUUGGUGCUGUCGUGAAUCAAGUUAGCUUAGACAACAAAUCAUCUAGCUUCUUAUCAACCUAUUGCUGUCCUCAGCCCAACACAAUAGUGGAAAAAGCUUUUUUGUGCACAAUCACAGGCUUUAUAAUUCCUGAGAAGAUAAUUCAGUUAUUGGAGCAACUAUGUUGCUAUUUUGAAGAACCAAAACUGGCACAUUGGCUGACAUUAACUGUGCAUGGCUUUGCAGACAGCCCUGUUUCCUGGAGAGAAAGUGAACAUGGUUUCCACAAGGGAGGAGAGAACUUCUACAACUUUGUCAUUUUUAGAAAUCUGGACUACUGGCUUCAGAUGGCUGUAGGAGCUAACGAUGAUUGUCCUCCAUAAAGCUACGUCUACAGAAGUUUUCUAAUAAUCCUGUGUUACUGUACAGAAAUGUAGUAAGAUACUUUUUUAUAAAAGUAACUUGGUAACAAGUUAAGUA